AUGGCUCCUUGGUUAGAGCACGGAUUUACUGUCUGGAAGGACCGUGGUUCGAACCCGACCUCUGCAUCUCGACUUUCCCUGUCUAGGCUUGGGCAACCUGGCAGUAUCCCGGCCCUCGUUUUUCCUUCGGGUGGCUGGCAGUUAGACAUCGAAAGGGUGCUACAGUGUUUAGAGCGCGAAUUUGCUGACCGGAAAGUCCGUGGUUCGAACCCGACCUCUGUCUCUCAACUUCCUCUGUCUAGGCUUGGGCAACUUGGCAGUAUCCCAGCCCUCGUGCUUCCUUCGGGUGGCAUAGCAGUUUGGCACCGAAAACGUGCUACAGCUGAGCAAUUUUUUUCACCGAAAACUACUCGACAGCAAACAACCGGUUUCGCCAUUCUUCUGGUUCAUCAGUUGCAUCGCUCAUUUGUGAUAUCGUUCAGCUCUAACACCCGUUCGGUGCCUAAGUGGCAUGCCAUCCAAAGAAAGCACGAGGGCUGGGAUACUGUCAGGUUGCCCAAGCCUGGACACGGGAAGUCGAGAGGCAGAGGUCGGGUUGGAACCACGGACCUUUCGUUUCCUCCGUUCGGACCUGAACUGAACUUUCUGACGCAUUCAACUCUCGUUCAUGACAAGGAGACGGCAAUACGUUUUUUGCAAAGCCGCGGAGUGAGCCAUCAGCAACGGUUAUGCAACAAUGGCCACCGAAUGGCACUUUCAACUUUGUGGAUCCAACGACUAGAGCUCACACACAAACCAUCGAAUCUCUAA